CUCUGUUGAAGGUGUCAUGGACCGACUAAUGAUAGCUGAUCGAUCAGAAAGUUGAUGCCGGUCAGUGGAAAUGGAGGGCCAAUCAGGGCAGAUGGCUUCAUUAGCAGAAGUCUGUUUCCUCACCGAGGUGCAGAUAGGGAGACGACAGUCAGAACCCUUCGAAGUGCACCAGAGCACCCCUGGACACUACUACUAGGAAAGAGGUUUAUUCACUUAGCGGGUUCCUCCAGCUUGGCGUCACUGCUAAUUACCAGGGGUUGCGUAGACACACAGGGUUUACACUCUGGAGGUGUUGGUAGUGUGAGGGGCACGGAAAGAGGUAGCCUCAGCUUGAAGGAUUGUUUAAAAAAGAACAUGGUGGAGACCUCCCUCUGACCUGAGUGUCAAGUUCUUUUGGGGAUCACAGGAGAGUACCUCCCUGCCCCCCUCCUCCCGAGUAUGCUAUAGUAUGCUCACAUUUAAGAUGGAGAGGGCUGGAUCUGAGCUCUAGUUCCUAGGGCAAGCUGGCUGUGUCAGUAGGUUGCUCUGAUAGGCUGUAGUGGGUUCAAGCGUUCAAAAUGGUGUGGGCACGAGCAGUUCCUCCCUGUGGAAUCUGAUGGGCAAUGCCAUGGUGAUGACCCAGUAUAUCCGCCUUACCCCAGAUAUGCAGAGUAAACAAGGGGCCUUGUGGAACCGGGUGCCGUGUUUCCUGAGAGACUGGGAGUUGCAGGUGCACUUCAAAAUCCAUGGGCAAGGAAAGAAGAAUCUGCAUGGGGAUGGCCUGGCGAUCUGGUACACGAAGGAUCGGAUGCAGCCAGGGCCUGUGUUUGGAAACAUGGACAAAUUUGUGGGGCUGGGAGUAUUUGUAGACACGUACCCCAAUGAGGAGAAGCAGCAAGAGGCCCAGAAGAGGCGAUACUCUCCAGGAGUGCAGCGGGUGUUCCCCUACAUCUCAGCCAUGGUGAACAAUGGCUCCCUCAGCUAUGACCACGAGCGAGACGGGCGGCCUACAGAACUGGGGGGCUGCACAGCCAUUGUCCGCAACCUCCAUUAUGAUACCUUCCUCGUGAUUCGCUAUGUCAAGAGGCAUCUGACAAUCAUGAUGGAUAUCGACGGCAAACAUGAGUGGAGGGACUGCAUUGAGGUGCCUGGGGUUCGUCUGCCCCGGGGCUACUACUUCGGCACCUCCUCCAUCACUGGUGAUCUAUCGGAUAACCAUGACGUCAUUUCCCUGAAAUUGUUUGAGCUGACAGUGGAAAGAACCCCAGAAGAGGAGAAGCUGCAUCGAGAUGUGUUCUUGCCCUCAGUGGACAACAUGAAGCUGCCUGAGAUGACAGCGCCACUGCCGCCCCUGAGUGGCUUGGCCCUCUUCCUCAUCGUCUUCUUCUCUCUGGUGUUUUCUGUGUUUGCCAUCGUCAUCGGCAUCAUACUGUACAACAAAUGGCAGGAACAGAGCCGAAAGCGCUUCUACUGAUUCCUGCUGCCAUCACUUCUGUGACUGUCCCCGUGAGGCGUGGGAAGGGCAGGUGCUGGCCUGAACGUGCAGCCUUGUGAGUCUUCUUAAGUCUCCAGCCAUGCUCAGGGCUCUGCUCCAUCACAGAGCUUCGGCUAGAGGGACCCCAUGGUUCCCUGUUGGAUGGUGGGACCCCCAUGUUCUCAUGGUACCCCACCAGGACAUCUGACUCUGGUCAAGGAAGCCACCCACCCUAGGAUAGUGCUGCUGUGAUGUGCCUUUCCCUGCCAUCCUACUUGGGGGCAAGAAAGCAUGGAGAGAAUGUAUGCUGUUGUGAUGCUAAAACCACAGAACAGAAUUUCAUAGCCCAGAGCACCUUGGAUUCAAUGGGCCCUUCUGCAAACUGUAGAAAACUGGUAGCUCCUCAAACACCCUGUCAUUGGUUUUUGCUUUUUUUCCCAAGCUAUUAUCCACCUGAGGACCUGGAUGGGCACUUCCCUGCCUUACCUUCCUUCCUCUUUUCAUUAUCCUCUCCGUGUGCAACUGGAGCUGGAAAAGACCUUUGGAGACUUCUCUGUUGGGGCCUGGGGCUGCAGUGCACAGUCUGCUUUCACUGAGCCUCACUGGGUGGCCCCAGGAACUUUCCACUUGGCCACCACUCCAGCUUCUAAUCUCCAGCAGGGGAUUGGAUCGGCAAGCUCUCUAAUGAGAUCCUUUCAUGGCUUUAGUCAAGGUUGCUGGAAAGUCAGCAAGUGCGCAUCAAGAGGAGCUUGGAGGACUUUAUGGAUGUCAUGAGAUUAACUGUGAAACUGACCAGCUCCAGAUUUGACACUGAAAAAACCAUCUGUCAUGUGGUCUGAGCACAUGGUGAUGUUUCAGGACACACUGGAGCCUGCACAGCUGCAUGCUUUGUGUUGACCAUGAUUUUUGGAAACACACUUUGAUUGUUGGAAGAAUGGAAGCUUUCUUUUUAUAACCUGGGCUUAGAUACUUCCCCAAGAGGAAAUUUUUUUUUCUCGAUGGAGACAGUUGCUGUGUCGUCAUGUUACAAGUCAGGGAGCAAUAGACCCUCGUCAUCCGGUGCCUGGAAGAGCUCACGAUCUUUGAGCGACAAGCCCGAGUGCUCUACGUGUCAGCCUUUACUCUACUGCCUUAUCCGACAAGCGGUCACAUGCUGCUCACCUGUCUGCCCUUUGGUAAAAUUGCUUAGAGGCCAGAGCCUUCCUGGAGGGCCUGGAACUCUGAGCUCUCCUGUGGUCUUCUGUAGCCCAAAUUCUAAAAAUGGCUGAUGGAACCAAAC